CUCCGUGACAAAAAUACGAAAGUAUGAUUAGAAAUCAUGAAAUAUGUGAAGGUUGAAGGAAGGGAAUGUCUGUGAUUCUGUGAAGACACAUGAAGAAGAUUUCACAAGUGAACAACUCAAGAAAAAGAAAAAAGAAAAAAAUGUUCAGUAGAAAAGUUUAUUCAGAACCUAAUUCUUCCACUUACACAUACUUUUCCGAUGACUUUGGAGGCAAACUGUUCGCUUUUGGUGCCAUUCAUAUUGUUUAUUUUCUGAUUUUGCUGUCGGUUAGCGGAUAAUGAGAAGCAGUGGUGGAGAAGUUUUAUUAUAGCAGCGGCUGACAGCCACUUAAUGUUUAUAUUAUGGUUGUUAGUAAGCAGCAAGUAAAUUAGCCGAGUACCAAGCCAUAGUACCAGUCUGCAGACAGAUUCCUAGAGCAGGGAGGAGGCAACAACGGUUCUCUAGAACGAAAAUGUAUGGUCAGCUGCUGCGUGCCGUACAGGAUGGCGACGCGGAUGAUUUGCGAAGACUUUGUAAUGAUUUCAUAACAGAUAUUAGUGUGACUCCAUUGAAUCCUGGAAAUACACCUGCUCCAGUGGAAGUGGCUUGCAAAAAUGGCAACACAGAACUCGUUAAAAUUUUCUUAGAAAAUGGAUGCAGCCCUAAUCUUCCAACAUCGAAAGGGCGCCUUAUUCACACCGUUUUGGAUUCGAUGAAAUCUGGAGCUAUAAAUCUUCGAGAAGGUCGUGAUCUUAUAAGUUUCAUGAUAAAGAAAGACUUGCAAUUAUCUAUGGUGGAUAUUAAAGGUGAUUCCCCGCUCCAGCUUGUCGCCGAACUCGGUGAUGUCGAAACCCUGGAAAUUAUUAUUGAACAUUCCCCCGCUAAACACCAGUGCGAGAGAAGUAUUGGAAGUGGCUUCAUUCCUCUGCAUACAUCUGUCAUGAGAGGUGAUUUAGACUGUGUUGACAGAUUACUUCGGCGUUACCCCGCAAAGUUUAUAAACCUUUGCGACCAGAAUGGGGAAACUGCCUUAAACCACAGUCUCAAGAUGAUUCGAAACAACGUCAAGUACUUACGGACUGACAAUGGUGUCAUUUGUUUGGAACAGAAUCCCGACCAACUUCGAUUGUUCGGACACCAAUGUAAAUUUGUUGGAAUUAUGGAGAUGUUGCUAUCGAUGGGAGCCGAACCUAAUUCCUUAUAUUUCGAAAAUAACUUCGAUACUUCAAGACGACAACAGUCUAUGCUUCCUUUAUGUAUCGCUCUCAGUAUCCUGUCCAUGUAUGAAAUGAGGUAUGUUCAUAAAGUGGAACCCGCAACGUUAGACCUAGAGAAAACAGAGGACUACAUGAAUCUAUACCAAAGCAUUCUUCAAACGUCAGAAGAAUUCCUUAACCUCUAUAAGAGUGUGGUUCGUUUAUUGGUGCUGUGGGGGGCAAAACUCGAAAAAACUAGUCGAGUUUACUACAAAAAUCUUUUUGCUAAUUGUCCCAUUGUUCAAAAUUUAAUCGAUGAAGUAUUUGAUUACUGGUCAUUUGUGAGAUUUACCAAAAACAAACCUAAAAAACUGGGACAUCUUUGUCGCCAGAUCAUCAGAACCAGACUUCGCCAAACUAAAUCCUUACAUUCUAUCGAUUCUCUUCCAUUACCUGCAAACCUAAAAGAAUAUGUAAAACUGAAUUAUUUCUAACUUAAAAUGUAAUUAACGAGCAGCUCUUCAUUGUGUGGGUUCCACCUAUCUAGCCAAAAUAUGUUUGUUAAAUGAUGAACGAAUCCUAAAAGUCAGUUGCUAUCGACAUUUGCUAUUUUAAAUGUAUUUUUAUGUCAUGCUUGCUGUAUUGUCAGAAAAGAAUGAAAAGAAAAAUAGAUUCUAAAAUCGC